GCAGAGUAUCACACCGCUGCUGGGAGGAUGGAUGGAGCGGGCUCGUUUGGAGCAGGGCGAGCCGGGUCGGCUUUCGAUCUGAUCGCCUUCGUCAAACAACCUCAGACUAUCUUAAGAGUGCUAGCAUGGAUCUUCUCCAUGGUGGUCUUUGCCUCUAUAAUAAACGAGGGCUAUGUGAACAUGGGCAGUGAGCGACUGCACUGUGUCUUUAAUAAGAAUGCAGAUGCAUGUUACUAUGGCAUCACUAUAGGAAUCAUGGCUUUCAUAGCAAGUGUCUUCUUCCUGGUCCUGGACAUCUACUUUCCCCAGAUCAGCAGUGUCAAAGAUAGAAAGCGAGCAGUGCUGUUGGAGAUGGGUUUUUCAGGAUUUUGGACAUUCCUUUGGUUUGUAGGAUUCUGCUUUUUGGCCAAUCAGUGGAGUCACACGUCCCCUAAAGAGCUGCCAUUAGAGCAGGCAUCAGACGCUGCUCGAGCAGCUAUUGCCUUCUCGUUCUUCUCCAUCCUUACUUGGGCGGCCCUUACCGUGAGCGCUGUUCAGCGAUUCCUGCUCGGUACUGACAUGACACUGUUUACUGCUGAGCAUGUGGCCAGCCAAGCCCCUAAGCAGCCAUACCCCUCCAAUGAUGUCAUCGGCCAGACCACCAUCCCUGUCAACGAUUACCAGAGUCCUCCGCUCAUUGAAACUGUAGAGACCUGCCCACCUGGUUACAAGAUACCACCUGCGUUUUAAUCCACAGCUAAUCGGAAUAGAUGAAUGUAGCAGUGAAUAAGGACAAAGUAAAGACUGCUUUUAGCAAAAUGCUUUUAGCAAAAUGUAUUGUGAUGUAUGUAUCGCAUUUUAGCAAUGGAGUGGCGAGGGGGUAAUGUUCACCUCUAUAGUCUGCACUAUAAUUUAGAAAAAAAGUGUUAACAAUGUUUCACAUUAAUCUGAGCAAAUGUGUUUUGGAACGUUGAUUGUCAAAACCCACACAAACGUUUUACAUUUAGGCAACACAGAACAAAUCAUUGUGUCAAAAUUACCAUCUGUUAUUUACUUAGUAAUGCAUAUUUAAUAUUAUAUGAUCUAAAGACAUGACAAAACUUUAAAGGGGCACAAAGUUAUUUUUGUAUUUGUUUUGCUGAUUGAUAUGACAGUGAUCUUGGACUUGUACUGACACCUAUCAAUGUGGUAGCAGCAUCAUGCAAUAGCUAAGGUGUUUGUUUACCAAAGCCAUUGAAUGCAUUGAGUGUGAAUGUGUGUGCUUGCUCUAAUUCAGUCAAAUUGCAUGAUAUGGUAAAAUGACACUGAAAUCCCGUCUAAAGCAUAGAGGUAAUAUUUAUGGGUUAUAUUUGGUCAUCAAAGUCUUUGGAGCGACAUGUACAUUGAGGUCCGGAAUAAAGUUAAAUCAGUACA